GGGCCUGAGCUGGUGCAAGUUGCCUCCCUAAGCAGCACACCUGAGGAAACGUCUUUCCCCUGGCAUGGACUAUGUCAGAUUUUGUAGAGCAUGCCCCCUGUGAGAACUUUGAGGCCAAUGUGUUUGCCAAGAGCCGAUGCCAGAAUUGUUUCCGGGCAGUUGGUGCUCACCACCAGCCCAGCAACCAGUUGCCAGAGGAACAUGCUGUGGAGGCCCCACACGGUGAUGCCACCAGUGGGCCAGACCCAGGUGGACUUUGGGACCCCCUGUGCAUCUUAGCUCCCCAGUGUGAGCUGUAUGUGUGUGCGGGCUUCAAGGACAGGACUGAGGACUGGCAGGAGAGCUUGGCAUACACCCAGCUCAGCAGCCGAGCCCAGGGUGAGCAUGAGGAAACCAGCACCCGAACUGAUAUCAGCACCGACACCAGUACCGGAACCAGUGCCACGCUCUCGGGGGACUGGGAAAUGACCAGGCUGCUGGACAGCAUUUUGGUAUCGGACAAACAAGACACAAUGAACUAUGCGGGCCAGAGGAAAGAGGUGCAGAUUGGAGCCCUGCAGUCAGACAGACCCAGGUGGGGUCAGACCAUAUCCUGGGGGAGAACAGAGUCCCAGAGCUUCAUGAAAGAAAUCUCCCCUCAGAAAGCAGAAUCCAGUCCUCUGAGCCAGAGCACUGGGGAUGGCUGGGCAAAGCAUCAGAUGGAGACCAGUUAUUUCUCUCUGGAACGCCGGAAAUCUGACCCCAACUGGGUCUCCUUCCCUCCAAGAGCCAGCAACAGCACCUUGCCCACACGCAAUGACCCAGUAAGGACUGGCCGGCAUCUCACUUCCUCCAUCAGCUCACUGGACUUUGACUUACCUGGAUGCAAGAGGGGCGGCGGCGAGGGGCGACAUGCCCUGGUGCGGCAGGAAUACACGGUGUUGGCUGAUCUGCCCAAGCCCAAGCGGAUCAGUCACAGGGAGGCAUUUGAACAGGAACGCAGUAGCUCCCGCACUCGGAGCCCGGGCCGGGCAGAGGUGGAGCGGAUCUUUGGAUACGAGCGAAGGAGGUCUGAGACGCUGGAGGUGUUCCAGGCCCUGGAGGACGGCCUCCUGGACCGGCUGGAUGGCAAGACCCCACUGCUGGCCAAAGAAGGGCGAUUAGGCAGGAGCCAGUCUAGCCCCACCCUGUAUAAAGAGGGGAACAAGAGGCCCCGAGAGCAGCUGGAGCAGCCCGGCAGAUGCCAAGGAGAGGCCCUGCGCUCGGUGAGCCCGGCUCAGCGAUCGGAACGAGACUGGAGGAGCCGAGUGGGCUCCAUGUGCCACGUGAGUACAGACAAGUGCAUGGACAGAGAAAGGGUUUCUCCUCAGCCCUCGAAUCCUGGAAAACACACAGACAGUAACUGGAAAAGCCAGAGGGAUUCCUUGCACCCCACAAACCCCAGGAAGAGCUCCGAUAACAGUUUGACUGGCCGAGGGGGGCACCUGUGCUCCUUGAGUCCUGGGAAGCACCCAGAGAGCAACUGGAAGAGCCCAAAGGAGACCCACCCUGUGAGUCCAGUGACGAGCACUGAGAGAAAGUGGAAGGAUGCAAAAGAGCCCCUGUACCCUGUGAGUGUUGGAAAACGCAUGAGUGCGCGACAGAGCCUAGAGGAGAAACCCCACCUUGUGAGUCUGGGGAAAUGCACAGAGCGAGAUCAGAAGGGCCGGGGCAAAUCACUGCGCCCCGUUAGUCCAGCUAGGAAGCUGGAGAGGGACUGGAGGAGCCAGGCAGAGACCCUGCACUCCAGGAGUCCAACCGGGCAGCCAGAGAGGGGCUGGAGGAACCAAGCAGAGACCCUGCACCCCAGGAGUCCAACCGGGAGGCCAGAGAGGGACUGGAGGAGCCAGGCAGAGACCCUGCACUCCAGGAGUCCAACCAGGCAGCCGGAGAGGGACUGGAGAAACCAAGCAGAGACCCUGCGCUCCAGGAGUCCAACCAGGCAGCCGGAGAGGGGCUGGAGGAACCAAGCAGAGACCCUGUGCCCCAGGAGCCCAACCGGAAGGCAAGAGAGGGACUGGAGGAGCCAGGAAGAGGCUCUGUGCUCCAGGAGUCAAACUCAAAGAUCAGAAGACAACUGGAAAACCCAAGAGAAGUGCUUGUGCCACAUGAAUCCAAUGCAACAGCUGGAAAGGGACUGGAGAAGCCAAGGAGAAUGUCUGUACUCAGUGAGCUCAGGGCACCAACCAGAGACCAAAAGCCCGUCCCAGCUAGAUCGAGGCACAACCCGACCAUUCAACAGUGCCAGCUCCAUGGGAAGCCAAGAUCUUUAUUUGAACACUAACGGGCGAUGCCACAAGCCGGAUCUCCUCAAUUUCAAGAAGGGAUGGAUGUCCAUACUGGAUGAGCUGGGAGAGUGGAAGAAACACUGGUUUGUGCUGACAGACUCGAGCCUGAGAUAUUACAGGGACUCCAACGCUGAGGAGGCUGAUGAGCUGGAUGGUGAGAUUGACCUGCGCUCCUGCACAGAAGUGACAGAAUAUGCUGUGCAACGCAACUAUGGCUUCCAGAUACACACGAAGGAUGCCACCUUCACCCUGUCAGCAAUGACCUCGGGGAUCCGGCGGAACUGGAUCGAGGCGCUGAGGAAGACUGUCCGCCCGGCAAGCGCACCAGAUGUCACAAAGCUGUCUGACUGCAAUAAGGAAAACUCCAUCCGCAGCUGCGUCCCCCAGAAAGGCUCCCUCAGGUCAGAGGAGCACUGGCCGGGCUUGGGGUCGGAGGUUAUCUCCAAGGGCAGUAACCGGAAGGCGGAUGGGCCGCGCCACACAUUUGACUAUGUGGAGCUGGCCCCCUGGCAGCAGGGCCCUUUGAAUCACGGGGCCCCGCAGCGGACGAGAGGCAGUUUGAGGGGGAUCUCUGACCGAGUCACCAAGCACGAAAACCUGGAACGGGACCUAGCCCUCCGCUCUGAGGAGAGGCGGAAGUGGUUUGAAGCUCCUGACACUGGGCUCCUGCAGGGCGACGGUCCAGCAGGGGCCCUCUGCUGGAAGGCGUGUGAGCAGGAGCUGCUGGGGCCUGCCCUGUCGGAGGACCAGCGCAGUCGGCUGAGUGAAGAGAUUGAGAAGAAAUGGCUGGAGCUGGAACGGCUGCCCCUGAAGGAGUCUAAGCGCCUUCCUCUGACUGCGUUGCUGAACCAGAGCAAGGGGGGCUAUGGAGACACAAGGGAGGCACUGGAGAAAGAGGUCCAGUCCCUGAGGGCACAGCUGGAGUCCUGGCGUGCCCGUGGUGAGAGCCUUCGUGACACAGGAAAAUCCCAUGGAGAUGGCCACAUGCCCCAGGGAUUCAUCUCCCAGGAGGCAUGUGAGCGCAGCUUGGCAGAGAUGGAAUCUCUUCACCAGCAGGUCAUGACCGAGCUCCAGCGGCACCAUCAGCGGGAGCUGGAGCGGCUGCGGCAGGAGAAGGAGAGGCUCCUGGCUGAGGAGGCUGCGGCCACAGCUGCGGCAAUCGAAGCGCUGAAGAAGGUGCACAAGGAGGAGCUGAAUAGGGAGCUGGGCAGGACACGCAGUUUCCAGCAGAGUGGGUCAGGCUCGGAGGCCCUCCGGAGACAGCACCAGUUGGACGUGGACUCUCUGAAGCGGGAGCUGCAGGUUCUCUCCGAGCAAUACUCCCAGAAGUGUCUGGAAAUCGGUGACCUCACAGAGAAAGCAGAAGAGCGGGAACAGAUGCUGCAGCGCUGCCAGCAGGAGGGGAAGGAGCUGCUCCGGCAGAACCAGGAGCUGCAGACAUGCCUGUCAGAAGAGAUCCAGAGGUUACGGACCUUCAUCACCUCACAGGGCACAGGGGAUGGGGCCUUGCACAACGGCGAGAGGAGCUCCUGUGAGCUUGAGGUGCUGCUUCGAGUGAAGGAGAAUGAACUCCAGUACCUGAAAAAAGAGGUUCAGUGUCUUAAGGAUGAGCUCCAGAUGAUGCAAAAGGAUAAGAGAUUUGCCUCAGGGAAGUACCAGGAUGUCUAUGUGGAGCUGAACCACAUCAAGCUGCGCUCGGAGAGGGAGAUUGAGCAGCUGAAGGAGCACCUACGCCUGGCCAUGGCAGCGCUGCAGGAGAAGGAGACGCUGCGCAACAGCAUCAGCGAGUAGAGGUUUGUUUUGCUUGAUUUCUCACUUGUGGGGAGGUGGUGGCUGUAUCCCAUCCAUUGACACCCCCUCAAGGAAACCAACUCCCAUGUCUUUCACCAAUCCCCAUCCCAUGCGCCUGCGUAUCUGAGCACAUCGUUUGGACUGGCUCCUAUGUGCACCUUCUUCAGGAUUUUAUAUGUGAAAAGAUAUAUUUUAUAGAUACUUCACUUUUUUUUGUUUUGUGGCUGGGGAGCGUUUUAAAUCUACAAUAUCUUUUAACCAGCAGCUGAAGACCGAAGAAACACAGCUGUUGCUCCUGCCUCAAGUGCUCCUUGUGGGGUGCGUCUAUGGGGUUGCGAAUGGCCUUCACCCCUCUUAUCUUCCCACUCCUCCAGUCUGCUUGGAUGUGCUGGAAGGACCAUGCACCAUGAGACAGACUGUGGCUAGCCAUACGAGAGAACCAACGUCCUGCACACGUUCCCCUGGACCACUGAAAGCAGAGAUGUUGGACAGAGCUGCUCAAGCUGUUGGGGACUGUGCUCUCACUCUGUGGACUGUAUUGAAGGGAGGUUUCGGUACCCAUGGGCCAUGUGAAUGUCCCAGGGCAAGGCCAGUCCCCUGGAGGUUUUGGAAGAGCCUGCCUCCUGCUAACACACUCCUGAGGAGGACCAGGGGACUCUGCACGCACCACUGCUGCGUCCGCUGGAGCCAAAAAAUGAAGGCGGCGGCUGCCCUUCCACACAGUUAAUAGUUUAACUUAAUAAAAUCUUCAGCUAUCCAAGGGGA